AUGGCAAGAAAUGAUGAACUCCCCCUCAACUCCGAUGGCCAAACGACACCAGUGCAUGAUGAGCAAGGCCACAACUAUCGAGAAGACACUCCUCCUACCAGCAGCCGCCUCACUGGAGAUGAAGUCAACAACACUCUUUUUGUCACACCAGUGACAACUAGGCCAAUGCUGAGAGAGGCUGCCGAAGCAAAUACUGCCCUAUCGAAGAAACGCCACCAGAGCCACACUGAUGAUUCUAGCAAGAACCCUGGCACAACCUACCCUGGAUAUCAUAACCGCCAAUAUGGGAAUAGGAUCUCAGCCCGCGAAGCAGAGGACAAGUGGACUGAGAUAUCUGAACAAAUUGAUCGGGAAGCGCGCUUCCUUCUCCUCCUGCAUAUGAGGCAUGACCUUCUUGAUAUAAAAGAAGAUGUCCUGAAAAAGGUGCUCCCAGAGUAUCCAAUCGAGUCAACAGUAUACGGGAAUGUCCGUGUUGUCCUUAUGGAAAAGGUCAAACGUUACCGGUAUUCACUCAUCGAGGAUGUUAUACUUCACGUCAAGACUGCAAUGAAUGUAACAGAUGGAUCUGGUAUUCGUUACUGCACGACCUUAGAUGGCCUUGGAGAUAUGUUUCAAAGCUUUACGGAUUUCCUCCAACGCUUCCCCUUGAUUGCGGAUUGCGAUCAGCUCGACAAAGAUGAGUUCCACGAGACCUUUAAACGGCGUUCAAAUACAAAGGCGCCAAAACCUAUCUCGAAGAAACAUGCCCUUAUUCAAGGACAAGAAUAUAUCUUGAGUAGGGCUUCUCCGCCGCCGCCAAAGCGCCGCAAAGAAACUCUAGUCCCUGGGCGUAGUGCUCGGGUGAUAGAGUGA